CUCAUGCAUGCUGACCGGUAACAUUCGAUAUUCUCGAUACGGACUUCGACAUCAUUCUGGGAAUGCCUUGGCUCGCGAGUGCGGAUCACACAGUCAACUUCCAUCGGCGGACUCUUAGCGUUCGCGACGCCUUCGGCGCGGAAGUGGCGUGUACGAUUCCUCUACGACACUCUUCAAUUCGGUGCCAAGUGGUGACGGCCAAAUCAUUCUGGGCGACUUGCGCUUACGAGCAGCCCGAGGAAAUCGGCCUAUGUUUCAUACGGACUGUCGCGGUAGCCGACCCUUCACCCACGGACUUGUCUUCGGACCCCCGUGUGGUACGGUUGCUGGACGAGUUCGCCGACAUCUUCGAGUCACCUACCGGUGUGGUGCCGGGUCAGCCGAUCUCUCACGAGAUCAUUCUUAAGGCCGGUGCCGUGCCGCCGAAAGGUUGCAUCUAUCGGAUGAGCGAGGAGGAGCUUGAGGUACUCUGCGCACAACUCGAUGAUUUGUUGGCCAAGGGCUGGAUCCGCCCUAGUAACUCCCCAUAUGGAGCACCAGUUCUCUUCGUCAGGAAGAAGAACAAGGAUCUACGAUUGUGUAUCGACUACCGCAAGCUCAACGCGCAAACCGUCAAGAAUGCGGGGCCUCUUCCUCGCAUCGACGAUCUUCUCGAGCGGCUGGGCGGUGCGAAGUAUUUUUCCAAAUUGGAUUUGAAAUCAGGAUAUCAUCAAAUCUCGAUUCAGUCGAAUGAUCGCUACAAAAUCGCAUUCAAGACGCGGUACGGGCAUUUUGAGUGGGUGGUCAUGCCUUUUGGCCUCGCCAACGCGCCGGCGACAUUCCAGGCGGCGAUGACCAAUGAGUUCCGUGCAAUGUUGGACCGGUUCGUGCUGGUCUACUUAGACGAUAUUCUCGUCUACAGCCGAACAUUGGAGGAUCAUCUUGGACAUCUUCGACGAGUGUUGGAGACGCUCCGCCGUGCCAAGUAUAAGGACAACCGCGACAAGUGCAAAUUUUUCCGGCAAGAGCUGGAAUACUUGGGCCAUUUUGUCACACCGGAGGGCAUCAAUCCGCUAUCGGACAAGAUUCAGGUCGUCCAAGAGUGGCCGGAGCCUCGGAACGUCACGGAUGUCCGCUCGUUCCUCGGUCUUACCGGCUACUAUCAGCGCUUCAUCAAAGGCUACUCCAAGAUCGCGGCCCACUUGAACAAGCUUCAGUGCGAGGAUCGACCGUUUGACUUUGGAGAGGAGGCGCGGGGAUCAUUCCUCGCUCUCAAAGCCGCGCUAUUGUCUGCGGAGGUCUUGCGAAUCUACGACCCGCUCGCGCCUACGCGUGUCACUACGGAUGCGUCAGGCURUGGCAUUGGUGCAGUCCUCRAGCAACAUGAUGGUGUGGACUGGCACCCGGUCGAGUACUUCAGCAAGAAAGUGCCCCUCGUGCAUUCCAUUGACGAUGCACGCAAAAAGGAGCUCCUCGCCUUCGUCCACGCGCUCAAGCGGUGGCGGCACUUCCUCCUUGGUCGAGGCCAAUUUCGAUGGGUAACGAACAACAAUCCGUUGGUCUUCUACAAGACCCAAGACACCGUCAACAGCACCAUCGCUCGAUGGAUGGCUUUCAUUGACCAGUUCGACUUCUUUCCCGAUCACAUUCCCGAGAAGUCGAACCGUUUUGCGGAUGCUCUCUCACAGCGUCCAGAUCAUUGUACCGCAGUCUACUCGACGUUCGAGAUUGACGACGACCUGCGGAACAGCUUCAUCUGCGGCUACCAAGCCGACCCCGAUUUUUGCGACAAGUACGCGAAUUGCUCCUCUCCUAAUCCGGCUCCUUCUCACUAUCGGAUCCAAGAGGGGUACUUGCUUGUCCACACGCGGGGGAAGGACCUUCUUUGCGUACCGAGUGAUCCUCACUUGCGUACACGGCUUCUUGGCGAGUUCCACGACGCUCCCGCCACUGGACAUUUUGGAGUCAAUCGCACGAUUGGCCGACUUCGCCAGCGAUUUUGGUGGCCCUGCCUUCUCGGCGACGUCACGCACUAUUGCGAGUCAUGCGAGGUUUGCCGACGCUGCGAAUCCCGCAACCAUCGUCCAUACGGCGAGUUACGACCAUUGCCACUCCCGUUGAGGCGAAGGGAAGCGAUUGCCAUAGACAUCACCGGCCCGUUCCCCAAGCACAAGACCGGAGUGGAUGGGAUUCUCACGGUGGUCGACCGACUCACCAAGUUCGCCAUGUUUUUGCCUUGUCGCUAUCAUGCCAAGGCACCGGAGUUGGUCGAGGUUCUUUACGCCGGUUGGAUUCGCACCAAGGGUUACCCCAAGGAGAUCGUCUGCGACCGCGACACUCGGUUCAUGUCCGAUUUUUGGUUGGCGCUCAUCAAGCGAUGGGGCUCAUUUCUCAAGCCCAGUUCACCUCGCCACCCUCAGAUCGAUGGUCAGACGGAGAGGGCGCAUCAGACCGCACAGGUUCUCCUUCGCACUCUCAUCCGCCCCGACCAGAAAAACUACGUUGAGCGACUGCCGGACGUUGAGUUGGCCUACAACUCUUCCAUCCACCCGGCUAUUGGGAUAUCGCUCUUCGAGUUCGAGCACAGCUCGCCGAUCACAUCACCGUUGGACACAAUUACUCCACGCACGGCCGAGAGCGACGACCAUCUUUUUUUCUUGCGUCGGAUGCAAGAGCUUCUUGUCAAGGCACGCGACGCAACAGCGCAUGCGCCAACAGGCAAAUCGUCAGCGUCUUCCUUGUCCAUUCCACGCCAGAGACCUUGUCUGGGUUUCAGCAACGGAAUUCAGCCUUGAACAGGACAUCUCUCGCAAGAUCCUUCCGAAAUGGAUGGGGCCUUGGCCGAUCAUCGAGCCCGCUGGGGACGCACCUGAGGGGCCUUCCUUCACGAUUCAGGUGCCUAGCCACUUGCCCGUCUACCCAGUCUUUCAUUGUUCCGAAUUGGCUCUGUACACGC